UUUUGAGUCAUACAAAGAAACACACUAGAAGGGCAUUCUCUCUCUCUUUCGCUCUGUCUCUCUCAAUCCUACUUCCUUCCUCAACGCCCAAACACUUCUCUCCACUCACCUGCUGAAACAGUGAAUGCUCUCUCUCUUUCUCUCUCUCUCUCUUUUUCUCUCUCUCUCUUUCAAGCAGGAAAGACAUACACACACUCAUCUCAAAUCCUUGGUGGUUCUCAUUUCCCUUCUCAUCUCCGUGAGCACCUGACAUUGAGGGAGCUUGUUCCCUCUCACUUCCAGAGGUCAAUAUUCCGACUUGUGGUGAGAGCUCCGCGCUGGCGGCCCAGCCCCUUUCCCGUUUCAGCCUGGGACGGAAGACCCUGCUGGGGGCUGGCGUGGCCGUGAUGCUGCUCUUGGUACUGGUGGUCCUCAUUCCUGUUUUGGUUCAUGUGGCAGGCAGCAGCGAAAACGGAGGUCAGUACGAGAUGCUGGGCACUUGCCGAAUGGUCUGCGAUCCGUUCUUGGAAAAAACUGGCACUACAGCCGGUAUCGGUACGGGAACAGCUAUCACUAAUACGCAACUGGAAGCCGAGGCACUGACUGAUCAUAGCAUGGGACCCCCGUUGCCGACCUAUGCCCACGGACCACAGGGCAAACCUGGCCGGCAAGGAAAACCAGGGCUACCGGGACCUCCAGGACCCCCAGGACCACCUGGAGAGCCUGGUCCUCCAGGACCAAUGGGGCCACCGGGAAAUAAAAACCACACAGAGCGACCGGAGAUCUUCGCUCUGGGUGGAAGAACAGCUACCGGAAUGGGCACAGCAGUUUAUACCAUGGGACCCCGCGUGGCCUUCUACGCAGGUCUGCGAAACCCGCAGGAGGGCUAUGAGGUUCUGAGGUUUGACGACGUAGUUACAAACAUUGGGAAUAACUAUGAUGGAUCGACUGGGAAAUUUGUGUGCAAGGUUCCAGGGACGUACUUCUUCACAUACAACGUCCUCAUGAGAGGAGGGGAUGGAACCAGUAUGUGGGCAGAUCUUCUGAAAAACGGACAGGUGAGAGCCAGUGCCAUCGCCCAGGAUCAGGAUCAGAGUUAUGACUACGCCUCAAACACGGUCAUCCUACACCUGGACCCUGGGGACGAGAUCUUCAUCAAGCUGGAUGGUGGGAAGGCACACGGCGGAAACAGCAACAAGUACAGCACUUUCGCUGGCUUUAUUCUGUACAGUGACUAGAGGUCAAGAGGUCAUUGAAAUCAGUCUCAUGUUUGUAUAGAUAAGAGAUAUUAGGGGGUCUUAAUUGAUUUAAGUUGUAAAUCUGCUAUUUACCUGAAAUUAACAGCUAUACACACAUAACUGAGUCACAAAACACAAGAUAAUUUGUUUAAAGGGUCAAAUGAUUCAUUAUGCACCCAGAAGGGAAUGGCCCUGUAUGUUUUGCUGUAGUAGGCACUUGGUUUAAAACAGCCUGGAGAGAACACAACAGGAAGUGGUUUUCGAUUCUUGAAUCUGCCCAGAAACCUUCAACAGACAUGCAUGAAAUCAACCAGAACGAGAGAGCAGGGCUUCAGGGUUUCAUCAGAGUCGUACCUGAUUGAAAACCCAGUCAAGUGAGUGUUGAUAUUUCAUUAUGAUGUUGUCUUUGUAUGUAUGAUCAAUCUGUAAUCUACACUGAUGUUAAUCAAUGUGUCCGACAAUGUGAAGUGAAUGAUGUUAAAUUAUUCUCUAAAAUCUUAAUAAGAUGAGUGUAUGCACCUGGUUUUGACUGCUGUAAAUUACACCUUGUCCGUUGUAGAUGAUAGUAUUUGUGAUUGAUGUGUGGAUGUGGAAAUACUAGCACAAAUAAAGCUCAGCAUUCAUUUCAGCUUUUAGCUAAAGCUAAAUCCGUUCAUUGUAGCUUUUACUAAUAAUUAGGAAGUAUGUGGCUUUCUUAGCUAAUAUUACCAUUAAAAAACCCUUAGCCUACUAAAAGUUAACAAUGGAUGGAGAUCUAACUGUAACAGUGAUAUCUCAUUUAUAAUGAUGAGCACAUAUCCAAAACGAUGUACUGUAUAUAUCACAAUAAUCAUGACCUGUACAAUGUAUCUAAAUAUCUUCUGUUCUAAAUGUAACAGCUAGAUUUUUGCUUUUGCUAAUAAAUGGGA